AACAUACGUCACUUCCGGUAUUGUAAACAUGGCGGAACGCUAUGAAAUAUAUAUUAGUCUCGCUAAAGCUGAAAGAAAGUGAUUUGUGAUUCUGCACGGAAGACAAAUGUCCGACAGCUGAAUCUGGACCUCGGUGUGAGAUGUAAUGGUCAGCCGGGUAGCACUGCCAGAGUGCUUCAGUGUAAAGAUCCCAUCUGGACCAUUUGGAUUUCUUUCUCCGUUCCUGUAGCUUCUUCAUCUAUCUUCUAUCAUAAAACAUGAGCAGCAGGAGGAAGCGUGCAGCGCCUGUCCGUAUGGACGAAGAGGCCAAGAAUAAACUGAACUGGAACAUGCAUGAGAACCGCAGGACCGAGGGGGGUUUUGAGGAUCUUGAGGCGUUCCCCCAGCCAUCUGUGAGCUGCCAGCCUGACCCUGUUCCUGAUGUGAGCAACGCAGAGGGUCUCAGCUGUUCCUCCCUUCUGCCUGCGGAGAAGGAAGAGGAAGCAGGAAGCUCCGUGCAGGACUCCUCACCAGACACCACUGAGCUUAACGUGCCUUCAGUGUCUGCUCUGGGUCCAGGCUGGAAAGCUCUGAUUGGAGAGUUUGAGCUCUUUCCAAAGGUCCCUGUCGAGCUUGCAAAUGUUACUUUUUGCCUGCAGCAGACUGGAGAUGUGCUGUCAUUAAAUCUAGCUAGCACAAGCUCAGAGGAGCUCACUAGCUGUCCUGUUGAGUGCUCCUUUGGUGGAUUAUCGCUGGAGGACUUGGACUGGCUGCAGAAAAGGAAGGUCAUACAGCUCUGUCAUUUGUCUGGAGAAGGAUCUGUGAAGCUAAAGAUAUUUCUUCUGGAGUCUGGAUUGGGACGACCAGAGUUCCUCAGUGAAGGAAAUGGACGCUUAAGAAGAGCCAGCCAGCUCUUGCAAAAACUAAUGGAAUUGUUCUAUGACUUCAUUAUCCCUGAGAUCAUGGAGAACGAAGAGGAAGAAUGUGACACUGAUCUGGAACGGCAGAACGUAGAAGAACUCUAUGACUACGUCAGACACGUUCACCAAAAAGAAGAUCAGAGCCAAAGCUUUGACGUACAGCAACCAGCCCUUAUCCCAGUGCUCCGGCCGUACCAGAGUCAGGCUGUCAACUGGAUGCUGAGGAAGGAAAGGUACAAGAGUGAAUGCUCCCAAGAACAAAAACUACAUUUCCUUUGGAGGGAAGUGAUGACAAUGUGUGGAAAGAAGCUUUUUUAUAACCCCUACACGGGCUGUCUGAUCCGGGAGUUUCCUCUGGCUGGGGUGGACUGGCCUGGAGGAAUACUUGCUGAUGAGAUGGGGCUGGGAAAGACUGUGGAGGUGCUGGCCCUUAUUUUGUGUCACACUCGCCAAGGCCUAAAGCAGAGUACUCUCACCUUACCUGUGGGACAGUCAGUGAACUACUAUAUUCCUCCUCCCCCAUUAGAGAGGCAAAGGAUCAAGCAGUGUGAAGCAAAGCCAAGAGAGAAAAUCACCUACCCUGCUGUCCGUGUGAUGCUUCUGACUGCCAUUAAGGAAAUGAAGGUUAGAAAAGGAGCGUCAAUCAAUGCCAUUUUUGCGUACCUCCGGACUAUGUACAAAUAUGACCCUCUGAAAAACCGCAACCACAUUAAGAAGACGCUGACAAAAAUUAUAACUGAAGGUUUAGUGGAACAGGUCAAAGGUCGAGGAUUAGCUGGCUCCUUCAAGCUGGGAAAGAACUACAAAGAAAAGAAAAAGAAACCUGUUACCCCACAAAAGUCAACUGGGGAGGCUGCUCCCAGGAGAACAUCUCGUCGUUGCUCAGGCCAGGAGCGAGAAGUGGUUAUGAACUCCUCAAGUGCAGCUUCUGACUCUGAGGACACAAUGUGUAGCCUGGAUCCUCCUGUACUCACAGAGGAACCGAAGCAAGAGCAUGAUUCACAAGCAGAGCCAGAGACACUCUGUGACAAACCCAGCAUUGAGAUGAGCCUAAAGAACAGCCAGCCCCCGGUUUCAGGUGAUGGCGAGAAAGAGACAGUGGACUGCCACGUGGCUAAUGCUAAACCAGAGCCAAUGGAGAGUAAUGAAAAUCACCAGCUAGAGUCAGCUAUUACCCAAGGUUCUCAGGCAGAGGCUCCUCCUCCAAUUCGAGCAUCUGUGGUUCCCUUCAAUACACCCGAUUACCGUUUUGAGUGUAUCUGUGGGGAACUGGGCCUGGUGGACUAUAAAGCUCGGGUGCAGUGCAUGAACUGUCUGCUGUGGCAGCAUGCUGAGUGUGUGAACUACAAGGAAGAGAACCUGGAGACUACACCAUUCUACUGCCCACACUGCCUAGUGGCCAUGACUCCUGUUCCCACUGGAGCCACUCUUAUCAUUUCCCCCAGUUCCAUAUGCCAUCAGUGGGUCGAAGAAAUCAACCGGCACAUCCGCUCCUCCUCUCUCCGAGUACUGGUGUACCAGGGUGUGAAGAGGCAUGGGUUCAUUCAGCCCCAUGUCCUGGCAGAGCAGGAUGUGGUUAUCACCACCUAUGAUGUGCUGCGUACUGAGCUGAACUAUGUGGAUCUCCCGCAUAGUAACAGCAAAGAUGGCCGACGCUUUCGUAACCAGAAACGCUACAUGGCUGUGCCAAGCCCCCUGGUGGCUGUGGAGUGGUGGCGUGUGUGUUUGGAUGAGGCUCAGAUGGUGGAGUGCACGACAGCCAAGGCUGCCGAGAUGGCUCUGCGACUCACAUCCAUUAAUCGCUGGUGUGUAAGCGGAACCCCAGUACAAAGAGGUCUAGAAGAUUUGUAUGGUCUUGUCUUGUUUCUGGGAGUCGACCCAUACUGGGUGAAGUACUGGUGGGAUCAGCUGCUAUAUAGACCAUAUCGCCGUGGAAACACAGGGCCACUCUACAGUGUCAUUGGCCAGCUGCUGUGGCGAUCUGCCAAAAAAGAUGUUAUCGACCAGAUCCAAAUUCCUCCUCAGACAGAAGAGAUCCACUGGCUUAACUUCUCUCCUGUGGAAGGCCACUUUUACCACCGCCAGCAUGAGGUCUGCUCCCAGGAUGCUCUGCUUAAGUUGAGGAAGAUCUCAGACUGGUCGCUGAAGUUGGGCAGCCUGGACCGACGCACAGUCAACACCAUCCUGUACCCACUGUUGCGCCUGCGCCAGGCUUGCUGCCACCCUCAGGCUGUCAGGGGAGAGUUUUUGCCCUUCCAGAAAAGUACAAUGACGAUGGAAGAACUGCUGAAGUCCCUGCAGAAGAAGUGUCGUGUUGAGUGUGAGGAGGCCCACAGGCAGCUGGUGUGUGCUCUCAAUGGUUUGGCUGGAAUCCACAUUAUCAGAGGUGAGUUUGUUGAGGCAGCAGAGAUGUACAGAGAAGUGCUUAGAUCAUCAGAAGAACACAAAGAUCGGCUUAAAACAGACUCCUUGCAGAGACUUCAUGCUACACACAAUUUGAUGGAGCUACUAAAUGCCAAGCAUCCUGGUAUACCACCUACUCUUCGAGAUGAUCGUCUGAAGGAGGAGGCAGAGCAGUUGAAACAACACUACAUGACUAAGGUUAGCUCUGAAGUAUCAGAAGCUCAGCAGAACCUCCUGCCUGUACUUCAGAACAUCAGAGACCUCAAACGCAAGGUGAACCUGCGCUCCCCCUGGUGGUUGGACGUCAUUCAGCAGGCCAUUCAGUACUCAAUGGAUGAUGACUUGGUUGGCCGCAUUCAAAACGAGCUUACCUGCAGCUACAAACAGCAAGCCAAUAAAUUCUCAAUGGCUGACAAGUUCCGGGAUGCCCGAGGUCUCCAGUUUUUACUCAGCACUCAGAUGGAUGAACUGAUGAAAUCCCAGAAAACCGUUCAGGAUGCUGUAAAAGAGCUAGAAGCUCCACCAUCACAGGAAGUCAUUGAGGAGGCAACAGCUUGUCACCUGAGGCCUGUGCGCCUUCCACUCAACAACUGUGUAUUUUGCAAAUCUGACGAACUCUUCACAGAUUAUGAGUCAAAACUGUUUUCUCACACAGUUACAGGUCAGACAGCCAUCUUUGAGGAGAUGAUUGAGGAUGAGGAGGGGCUGAUGGACGACAGGCUUCCCACGACUAGCCGCGGUCUGCGGGCAGCCAGUGAGACAGAACGCACCCUGAAAGCCAUCUUAUCCUUUGCCAAGAUCCGCCGCAUGGACCCUGAACUUAUAGAGGAGGGCAAUACUUUUAUGGAGCUCUUUGAGUUCUGGAAAAAGGAGUACAAGGUGUUGCAUGAGUACUGGAUGACGUUAAGGGAUCGAGUGUCAGCCAUAGAUGAGCUGGGUAUGGCUACAGAAAGACUGCGUGUGCGUCUUCCUGAUGAGCCCAAACCUAAAGUGCUGCACAUCAUAGAGCCACAUGAGGUGGAGCAGAACAGAGUGAAACUGUUGAAUGACCGGGCUGUGGCUAAAUCACAGCUACAGAAAAAGCUUGGACAGUUUCUCUAUCUUACCAAUUUGGAGAAGUCACAGGAUAAAUCAACAGGAGGUCUGAAUCCAGAGCCGUGUCCUAUCUGUGCUCGCUCUCUGGGUCAGGAGUGGGCCGUGCUCACCUGUGGACACUGUUUCUGUAAUGAGUGCAUUUCCAUCAUUGUGGAGCAGUACAGUGUUGGCAAUCGAAAGAAAGCUAUAAAGUGUGCUAUCUGCAGGCAAACCACUUCCCACACUGAAAUUUCCUACGUCUUCACCACCCAGGCUGCAGACCAGGGCGAGGAAAUUCCUGUCAAAGGAAGUCACUCCACUAAAGUAGAAGCCGUCGUCCGAGCCCUUAAGAAAAUCCAGAUGACUGACCCAGGAGCUAAAUCUCUUGUAUUCUCUACGUGGCAGGGAGUACUAGAUAUCAUUGCAAAAGCACUCUUUGAUAACAACAUGGAGUUCUCACAGAUCAAUGGGAUUCAUAAAUUUCAGGAGAACUUGAGCUCUUUCAAAUAUGAGGAGAAUAUCAACAUCCUGCUGUUGCCGUUGCACACAGGGUCAAACGGCCUGAACAUCAUCGAGGCUACCCACGUGCUGCUUGUGGAGCCUAUUCUCAACCCAGCACAUGAGCUGCAGGCCAUUGGCAGAGUGCACCGCAUCGGCCAAACCAAACCCACUUUUGUGCACCGGUUCUUGAUUAAGUCCACUAUUGAGGAGCGCAUGCAGGCCAUGUUGAAAACAGCAGAGAAAAGUCACAGUGCCACAGCCAUGAAGCACUCGGAGGCGUCUGUGUUCACAGUGGCUGACCUGGCUGAGCUUUUCACUGAGGACAGUGACACACUGGAAUGAGACUGGUCAAUCACAGCCACACAGUCUGGCUAGUGAGCACCACAACCAGCAAGGAGGAGCAGAUAAAAAGGGACCAUUACAACACUAAUCUGUAUACAAGCUCUCCACUGCUCUCCUCCACUUUGCACUUUGUGCAUUUUCUAUGCUAGUUCCAGUGGUGUCAUUAAUUUAUUAUCUUAGUGUUAUGUUCUUAUCAUAUUGGUCAAGUUGAAAAAGCUUUUCCCAUGUGAAAUUCUGUCCUAAAACAACCUGCUAGCUUUAAACAAAACAUCACUGAUUGUGUUAAUAAAAUUACAGCCUCAGGAUUUCUUGAAAUAACACAUAAUAACAUAGAGGUGCUGUUAACAUGAUAGAGACUGCAUUUCACUGUGGGUCAAGGACAAAACCGCAACAAAAGUGCAGGGGCGAGCCUCAUGUGUCUGUUUUAGUGUCCUUAUUUUCCAUGCAUUAUUAUUUACAUCAUGUACCACCGUUGAAAAUGUAAGUAUUUAUGAAAUACAAAUAGAAAAGCACUGCCUUUGUAGGCAUUGAUAUGAUCUCAGUGUAUCUGUUGUAAGGAUGUGAAUUUUAGGACCAAUGACUUUGUGUUUCAAUUUUCUAGGCCAACAUGAACCGUAAUGACAUUUUGGUACAUUAAUUUGUCACAUCACCAACUUCUUAAAAGAAAUACUUGCACUAUUUUUAGGUUGUACAUCCAAAAGAUUCACAGAUGAAUGUUUUUUUUUUUGUUUUUUUUUUUUUUAUAGCUAAAGAUGAAGUUAUUUGUGAGAUGUCUACAACUAGAAAAAUAAGGUUAAAUACACUUGUCUGUUAGUUGUCGGCGUAAUCAUUAUUGCAGUGAUGGCACAUUCCCUCAGAGGAGUUGCACUGGCAGAUGUUUGGGGAAAAAAUGAAUGGAUUCAUAUUUGUUUAUACUGUUAAAAAUGUAAAAUGUGUUUUUUUGAAACAAAAUGAUCAUUUUUUGAUGAGCUGUAUUUCUGAAUUUGAGUUGAAAAUAUAUAUAUAUGUUGUAGAAAUGUAAGAUGUAAAUGUCUCGAGAAGAAACCACCAGUUUGUA